GGCGGCGGUGUGGGGGCGGUUUCCCUCAGCCGGAUACAGCUUCUCUUCGGCCGGCGGCGGUUGCAGCUGACGGGAGAGAGCGAGCGAGAGAGAUCAGGGGGGACCCCAAGGACUCUUCCCUUCAGAGCAGAAGAAUGCAGACGAUAAAGUGCGUGGUUGUUGGCGACGGAGCUGUGGGGAAGACCUGCUUGCUCAUCAGCUACACUACCAAUGCAUUCCCUGAGGAAUACAUUCCCACGGUGUUCGACAACUACAGCGCUCAGAUGACUGUUGAUGGCAGGAUGGUUAGUCUGAAUCUCUGGGACACGGCAGGCCAGGAGGAAUAUGACCGCCUGCGCACCCUCUCCUAUCCUCAGACCAACGUCUUCGUUAUCUGCUUCUCCAUUGGGAGCCCCUCCUCGUACGCAAACGUGAGGCACAAAUGGCACCCUGAGGUGUCUCACCACUGCCCAAAUGUGCCUAUUCUUCUUGUUGGCACCAAGAAGGACUUGAGAAGUAACACGGAGACAGUGAAGAAGCUGAAGGAGCAGAGCCUGGGCCCCACCACCCCCCAGCAGGGGACGUCACUGGCCAAGCAGAUUGGAGCAGUCAAAUACUUGGAAUGUUCAGCGCUGAACCAGGAGGGGGUGAGAGAAGUCUUUGCUGAAGCUGUGCGUGCCGUUUUAUACCCUGUGACAAAGAAGAACUCCAAGAAGUGCCUUCUGUUGUAGUCGCCAAGGAACGUGGAGCAAGGACUGAGGGCUUUGGGUUGUUUUGAAGGUCGCCUCCUUAAUCUAAUUGCAUCUUGCACUAAUGGCUCUAAAGAGAUAUAUUUCUUUCCGCAAGUACUCCUGCAGUUCAGGUGCCAGUUCCAGCAGACUGGAACAAAAGACAUCAAUUCCAAGUUUUAAGAUCAGCCUAUCUGCCAUAUUCUCAGUGUCUAUGCUUACGCAGUUCUCCAUCUCUUCAGUGGAGGAGAGCUGCAGCCAAGAGAGACUUCCAAGCCAAGUGCUUUCUUUGCUAUACAAACCUAAGAUACAGUCCUUUCUGAAGGAGACAGUAAUCUGUUUUGAUUCAUGUGCCACUGUUGCUUUUCCUAGCAAUUUCUUCAUCAGUUAGCUGUCUUUUGUAUAGAUAGGGCUGUGCCUUUCCAAUAACUGUGUCAAUUUGUCAAGAGUGUUUUAGAACAUGUUCUGAAUUUUAGAAUGUCUCCACUGUGGGAUGCAAGCACCACAUGUGGUAACAGAGAUUUAGAAACUGAGAGGGCUUUCAACAAGCUCCAAACUACUCUGUGCUCCUCUUCAUGGAAUUGGAUGCAGAUUCCACAAACUUGUUCUGGGAUUGGGAGCUAGUCCCUUUUUGCUUUCAGGGUUAGAAAACUGGGCUUUAAAAUGCAGCUCAUUGUUUCUGGAGGGUGUCCCUCAGCUGUGUGAUUAAGCCAAGGCAUCCUUUCAAAAGCUGACUUUGCCACAUACCCUUUUAAAGCUGGGCUUGCACUCCACAGGAUGAGAUUUCCUUUCUCAGCCUGCCAUAAGAGUCCAUCACUCCAAGACUAUACUCUUGUUGUGCCUGCUGUAGGAGGAUGCCUUGAUGGCAUUGCUGCCAGGCCAACUAAACCCCACAAUGAAGAGAGAGUGCCCACUCACUUGAUUUUAGGUAUGUUUUAUACUGUUGGAGGCUUACUGAACCCAGCUACGCUACAGGUACCCUUAAAUAAACUCUGGACUGGCUGUCCUUUAUGUCCAUGGGCACCGUGGCAGUGCCCAUCAUUUCCUCAGCAUAUGCCUCCUUCCCCAAAUGUUGUGGUUGACCGUAAAUCUUAUGAAUUGGUAUAGAUGGCAGAGAUCUGCCUGCUCUAGAGCAGAAGGUCUCAUUUGCUCACUACAUCCCACCUGCCUUUUUAAUAUAAUUGCCAAUGCUACAAAACAGUACUGUAUUUCUGUGCCUUUUCAUUAGUACUAUGUUUUCUCCUGCAGGUGAAAAUGUCAGUAAUUUCUUGCCUUCUAAACUUUCAGGUGUAAAUGAUAUUAAAAUAUUGCACUGGUUUGUUGACCUCUUUAGGACAUAGGUACCCAAUAUAGGUGCAUAUAGGCAGGGUUUUAACUUUCACUGAAAUAUUAACUUCCCUUUCUUGGAAAAGAAACUUGUGCAAGUGCUUUUUUAAAAGAAAACAUGCAUUUCUAGCACCACAGCUGAUUUAAUCUAGUGGCAUUAAGGAACCUUUUUUUACUUAUGAUGAUUUGUGGCCAUAUUCAAGAUCUUUAGUUUAUUGGGAGCCUGAUGCUUCAUAGCAUCUCUCUGGCCAAGGAUAGCUUAUUUAUUUGAUCAACAAGUUUGUUAAUUGCAGUUCUUGUGAAAUGAGUGUUUUCUCCGCAGGUAUGCUGCAUUGCUGCCAAGGAACAAAACAAUACUGAGGAGAAUUCUGUUCCUUUUUCUUUUUAAAGCUCAGCACCAUUUCAAAAUGAAUUAUUUAUGUUUUUAUAUGACGAUCGUUCUGAUUACAAAUCUGGUGUGUGUAAAUGGAGAGUAAACUUUGCCUGACUUUAGAAUCGCAGUACUUGUGAGCUGUCCUCGGUAUUGAUGCCAGUAAAAUACAAGCGUAAUGGAGCUAGACAGAUAACUGAGACCAGGUGCAAAGCCAGUAUAGUUCACAUCAUGGAUGAACAAAAUCUGCACCUAGAUGUCCUGAGAGUGGAGGCUAACCUGACUAGAUCACUGCAAUUGAAAUUGGAUUUUCUCUUCCUCCUCCCCACAUAGCCUGGGUCCUUUGGCUGUGAUCUGACCAUUCUCAGGAUUUCGUGGAGACAUACCCAUUCUUGGUGACUAGGGAACACAGUUAAAUAUGGUUUGGUCUAAUCUGUGUAUCCAAAUGCUUUUUUGAACAUCAAACAAAAUCAUAACUGUGUUAGGCUCUGGUGCCUUUAGGCCCAGAAAUAUUGUGGACUAGGCUCUGCAAGCCAAUAGUUGUUUUUUUUUACUUGGAUGUUUGUGUAGAAUGUGCAGGCCCUAAAACCUUGCAAAGCUUUCUGAUCUGCCUGUUGGAAGGAAUUUCUCUAGGUUGAGGUUUUACAUGGUUGAUGGGUGUGCCACAUGUGCCUUAAUGUGCAAGGGGAAUCUGAGACUGUGUGGUACUGAAACAUACACUGGCAACUGAUUUUAUAGUUAAAAAAUAAAUUUGUAUGGCGACUAACGGAGUUAUUUUUAAAUUAUGCAGAAUUAAAUUGUAAUAAAGCAUUUUCUUGUUUUUU